CUAUAUUCCGGAACAAGUGGGGCCAGCAGGUAGGAUUCAUGCUAUAUGUGAACUGCAUCAAGGCUACCAAUACGCAGAAAGCAAGCAGCAGAUCACAACUGCUCCGGAACAAGGGGGAACUGCGGAGAGAGGCUCGUCGUACCAUCAUCAUGUUCAUGCAGAAGACACAACCAGAAGUGCCGUGGAGAACUUGUUUCUCUACAGGAGUAGAGGAGAAGAUCGGGGUGCCUCUGCGACCUCUAGCAUACAAGAACUCUACGACUUCACUGCGCGAUAUCCUGCCGCGAGUAGUUGGACUUCAGUCGCGGAAUCUAUUGUUCAUGAUAGGGCAGUCGAGAUGGCUAACGCCGAUGUGGGAAUGCUAAGGCCUGACGAAUGGAUGUGGACCAAGACUGAAGCGGAAAAGGUAACUAGAAGAUACUCUUGAGUUCUGCAUGUUCAUAUGGACGAUACUAGCUAACGUCGACGAUACUAGGUGUAGGUAAAUAUGUAUGCGAAGAGUUGUUUUCAAUCUUUGCUGCGCCUCGACUACUAGUCAGGAGGCUUUAUUUUUCUUUCGCAGCAUGAUCAAUAAAUAUGAAUAUUCGUCAUGAUCCUCACAACAUCAACAAUCACGAUGGAUAUGUUGUCGUGAUUAUAUUCAGCUUCACGAGCUGGUAUCGGAUUUUCUCGAGGUAGAUCCAGUGGGUAAGGCUGCAUGGCGCACUGCUGUUGGGAACAAUUGCAUGCUUGAUCAGAUGCAUCUGGGAUGGAAGGCUCUACUCCGUUUUCAUGCCCUAGCAGACAAAUUUGAAAACCUUAGGGGUGGUUUAAGUAUUUUCGUAUCCCUAGCCUUUUCCUGCACCUGCUGCUCGUGUGCAGUAAUCAUCCUGUAGUAUCUUGUACGACGAUAACGUACGCGAAGUUCUUAGAAGAACUAGGGGCGACCCUACAAAUACUUCAUACCACUCUUUACUUGAUUUUAUUUUUAUGGACGAUAGGAUUAGUAUUAGGAGGAAGAAAGCGAGGAGGAUAGUAGAAGAUCACUUGAAUAAAAACUGAUUUUGGCGCUAAAAAGCAUCUAUGUGCUCGUUAUUAGAUUAUUUUUGCGCUAGUGCAGCGCUAGCUCUUAACCUUUGAUUAAGUAAUCACCGUCUAGGCAUUUCGCAUGGUUUUAGCGCUAAAAAGCAUCUACGCAAGAAAGGCAUGCUCGGCGAUUGUGCGAAUUGGCAGCAAGGCGACGAAUACAUGGAUAAGAUGAGCGGAUCCAGGCUUCGUGGGACACCAGAUGAGAGACGCUCACACGAUGAGUCAGGACACAAAAAAGUAAAGCGCAAUAGGAAAGAUCAUUAAGGCUCGAUGCAAUUCAUUUCCAACGGCCAUUUUCUUCUGUUUCUUCCUUCUCGGGAUUCUGAAGAAAUGAAGGGAAGGGGUGAAGCGUUUGAGCUCUAAGAAAAGGACGAGGACAAUGGAUUCAAUUUCGAAGGUCCGACGGAUCCGGAAUUUCCCUUUAGCGGAAUCGAUGAGCUUAAUGCACCAAGGAAAAAACGGGAAGCAGAUGACGCGGAGGAUACUAGAAUUAAGGCUGCUGUAUAUGAUUCUACUUUACUUGGACUGCAUCCCUGAAAAGUAUACCUGAGUUUUCUCGUGCUAUUUACUCUUGAAAGAUGAACAUGAAGCAGCUGAAAGAUGCAGGGCGGAGAUGGCCCAGUACUUUUCAAGUUCAAGGAUACCGAGUCUAAUAGCAGUGUCGCUGGUCAAUUGCGUGUUUAUCUUGAAGAAGGCAAGGAUGUUUUUGGAGCAUUGCUGCCAAAACGUAAACCGCAUAAAGCCAUGGGUUUCCCAUCUGGCGAUGGCGGAGUGUCUCCUAGUGAACCGUUCUGGAUGAGGGAUAGCAGCUCUGCAGGCACAUCCAGCACAACGACUGCAAAGUCUACGGAAUCUACUUCUAGCGAAGUAGAGAAUACACUAAACAAGCUUGGAGAUGAAAACACUCCUUUAAACUACGAGGAACCUCGAAAUAAAGUAGAAGGAGUAGAUGAACUACAACUACAUGAAGGCCGUCAACAUCGAACGAAUCAUGGUGGAGUCGGAGGUAAACGUGGUGGAGGAAGUGGCACAUCUAGUGGAAGUGGAAGUGGGAAUAGUACACAAGAUGGAAUACGGACAACUCCAGAAGAUGUGCGGCCAAUUCCAGGUGAUAUGCGAGGAAAUCCGCCCGACGAGGAGAUUGACGGCAUACUCAUUCCGUUCUACAUAAAUGAGCAUACUGUGAUCGCUGGCAUGGAAAACGAAACUGAUCUGCCCGAUCCAUUCCUUCUAGACAGCGACUACAUCGAGGACAUGGCUGCUGGUGCUUCUGCACACCAACAACACGGUGGCAGAGGGGGCACUGCGACUGCAGCUCCUACGUCUAAGGGCAAGACGUUCAUCUUCCAAGAAAGUCAAAGUGUUUUUUCAAUUACAAAAAGUGAAUUUGUAGUCUUUUCGACACUCCAAUUACCUCGCGACUCUUGCUAACUUAAACUUACUAACUUCUAACGUCUAAGUAACGACCUAUUAUGAACCAUAUAAGUAGGAAGACUGAAAACCUACCUCAUACUCAUUGAUUGUUUUACUCCUUCUAACAUCAUUGAUUGUUCUACUCCUUGAAAGUUUCAUCAUUUUUAACUCUAACAAGUCUUCGCAAGCGGAAGAUAAAG